AUGUAUAAUAUGUCUGUUUCUCUAAUUUUUGUCAUCCAGUUUCCGACAAAACCAAAUGGGGCUCUUCUACCUAAAUUUGCAAUGUUUAGCAAUUUGAAACUUGGCUUUGUUAGUGUUGAAGUUUUGUUGGGCUUAAUUCAAAACGCUCCUGCUCUCAAUACUCACUUUUCAAGGUUGGGAAUAUUGAAAUUCAACCAUGAGCUUCUUAACUCUGCUGCUGUGCCAGAUUGUUUGACAUCCAUGCUUGAGAGGAUGAGUUUCUCCCUUGCUUAUGCAGAGUUGGUUGAAUCUAAGGUCAUUGAAGAAUUUAAAGAGAAGCUGUACUCAUUUAAGAAAGGAAUCUCUUUUGCCAUUCUUGAAUUUUCAUAUAAUCAUUUCUAG